AUGGUCGAUAUGAAUACUCCUGGAGAGAUCGGUGGAGUGCUUUGGAGUGAGGCUCCAAUUUCAAACCCUACACAACCUCCUACAAAGUACCAAACAAUCAUCAUGCCCUUCUUCUACUCCAAGCCCAUCGGCGGCCGCAACUUCGGCACCUCCGUCCACGCAGACCGCCACGGCGUCCACCGCGGUCCCUGGCGCAUGCGCAUCGGCCGCUUCAACUGCUUCCGAUAG